UUCCGAUUUUCGUUUCUCUCUCUUUUCCUUUCCCCCCGUCCCUCUCUUUCUUUCUCUCUUGGAAUUGUAAUUGGACUCAAAAGUUUCGGCGGCCUUCUCCAUGAACACGGUGGCUUCGCUGCCUUUGGCGCCGCGCCUGCUCAUUAAGCCCUCCCUCGCCUGCUUCUCCAGAAAGGACGUCGGCCGCUAUGGCGGGAUCAAGGUGUACGCCGUGCUCAGGGAAGACGGGGCCGAGUUCGCCCGGAACAACAACCUGGAGGCCCUGUUCCAGGUGGACGACCCCGGGCCGCGGGCCCCCGUCAAGAAGUUCCUGGACGUGAACGAGGCUCUGGAGGUGGUCCGCUUCGACAUCCAGUACUGCGACUGGAGGGCGCGCCAGGAUCUCCUCACCAUCAUGCUUCUCCACAGCAAGGUGGUGGAGGUCCUCAACCCUCUGGCGAGGGAGUUCAAGUCCAUCGGGACCUUGAGGAAAGAGCUCGCCGAGCUACAGCAGGAGCUGGAAAAAGCUCACAAUCAGCAGGUCCAUCUCUCGGAAGCCAGAGUCUCAUCGGCGCUCGACAAGCUAGCGCAUAUGGAGACCCUGGUGAGCGCACCAUCCACAGCCGAGCCGCCCACUUCUUCCUCCCUGUCUGCAACUGCAAGCAGCACCGCCCGUGUCCGAGCCAAGAACAAACAGCCACGUCGGAGGCUUGACGUGUCCGGCCCAGUGAAGCCUUACAACCCCAGCCUCAAGAACUUCUGGUACCCAGUCGCCUUCUCCAGCGAUCUCAAGGCUCCUGACACCAUGGUGCCAAUCGACUGCUUCGAGGAGCAGUGGGUGAUCUUCCGAGGCAAAGACGGAAGGCCCGGGUGUGUUCAGAACACAUGCGCCCACAGGGCAUGCCCGCUGCAUCUUGGUUCAGUGAACGAGGGCAGGAUCCAGUGCCCUUACCAUGGUUGGGAGUACUCGACCGAUGGCAAGUGCGAAAAGAUGCCAUCCACAAAGAUGCUCGACGUGCGCAUCCAGUCGCUGCCAUGCUUUGAGCAGGAAGGGAUGGUCUGGAUCUGGCCCGGGGACGACCCACCCAAGGCUACCAUCCCUUCUCUGCUGCCUCCUUCAGGAUUUACGGUCCACGCAGAGAUAGUGAUGGAGCUACCAGUUGAACAUGGACUCCUCCUGGACAAUCUCCUGGACCUUGCUCACGCUCCUUUCACACACACGUCCACCUUUGCCAAGGGCUGGAGUGUGCCAAGUUUGGUCAAGUUCCUGACACCCGCGUCUGGGCUCCAAGGGUACUGGGACCCGUACCCGAUCGACAUGGAGUUCCGGCCACCGUGCAUGGUCCUAUCGACCAUCGGCAUCUCCAAGCCCGGGAAGCUACAAGGGAAGAGCACGAGGCAGUGCUCCACGCACCUCCACCAGCUCCACGUCUGCCUGCCCUCCUCCCGGAACAAGACCAGGCUGCUGUACCGGAUGUCGCUGGACUUCGCGCCGUGGCUCAAGCACGUGCCGCUCAUGCACCUGCUGUGGUCGCAUUUCGCAGAGAAGGUGUUGAACGAGGACCUACGGCUCGUUCUUGGCCAGCAAGAGGGGAUGAUCGACGGCGCCAACGUCUGGAACUGGCCGGUGUCGUACGACAAACUCGGGAUCCGGUACCGGCUGUGGAGGGACGCCGUCGAGAGGGGCGCCGACGACCGGUUGCCGUUCAGCAGCACCCAAGCUGAGAGUUUGUCGUAGCGACCGGAACGGGACGGGACCUCUUCCUCGUCGCAUUUCUCCGCAAGACGACGGACGGACAGCCAGAGUUAAUGUGACCUAGGCGUACGUGCGUCUCUCUCUCUCUCUCUGCGCGGUUCAUCGUUCACCUCGGGCUGCUGCGCACUGAAGGAUUCUGGAAGGGUGAAGGUUGACGGCCGGAGACGAUGAUGGGCAGCAUCAUGGUCUAUGGUGUCCACAUGCAUGUACACUACUAGCGACGACGGCAUCAUGGGAUGCAAUUGUAAUCUGAGAUUGAUCUCUUUUUUUUUUCACCCUUUCUGUGUAAAGAUUCAGCAAAUUGUUGCGUUACUCUUCCAAAGCAUGUAUAAUCAACUACGGAGAAGUGUUCAUAUAUAUAAAUAUGAGAAAUUGCAGCUAUUGCUACAGUUCA